AGACUCAGCCUUCCUUCUCGGGGCCCGCACGCGCUCCUCCCUCCCGGACCUUGGCCGGGGACGUGGCGGGGACCCCGGCGGGGCCCUCACCCGCAGCCAGGGCGGACCCCGGCCUCCUCCCUCCCGCCCCGCCUCUCGCUCGCGCAGGCGCAGCAGGCGCAGCCGCGAGGCCGAGGGAAGCCCACACAGCCAGGGACAGAGCCUCCCGCCUCGGCCGGGGGUGCGGUGUGCUGGCCGGCGACGACCGGGAGCGACCGCGUCGGGCGGGCCCUCGCGGGCUGCGCGUCGCCAUGGGCUCGGGCUGGAGCAGCGAGGAGGAGCGGCAGCCGCUGCUGGGGCCCGGGCCCGGCGCCGGGCCAGCGACUGGCUGGAGAAGCCGGGAGGCGGCGGCCGCGGCCGCGGCGCUGCCCGUGGUGGCCCCGGGUCCCGGGCGCGUGUACGGACGGCGCUGGUUGGUGCUGCUGCUCUUCUCGCUGCUCGCGUUCGCGCAGGGCCUGGUCUGGAACACCUGGGGCCCCAUCCAGAACUCGGCGCGCCAGGCCUACGGCUUCUCCAGCUGGGACAUCGCGCUGCUCGUCCUCUGGGGACCCAUCGGUUUCCUGCCCUGCUUCGCUUUCAUGUGGCUCCUGGACAAGAGAGGUCUUCGGAUAACUGUGCUGCUGACAUCCUUCCUUAUGGUUUUGGGAACUGGCCUAAGAUGCAUACCUAUAGCAGACUUAACACUUAAGAGAAGAUUGAUCCACGGAGGACAGCUGUUAAACGGAUUGGCAGGCCCCACUGUGAUGAAUGCCGCACCGUUCCUCUCCACAACGUGGUUUUCUGCAGAUGAGCGAGCCACAGCCACUGCUAUUGCUUCAAUGCUCAGUUACCUUGGUGGAGCAUGUGCAUUUUUAGUUGGACCCCUUUUUGUCCCAGCUCCCAAUGGAACCUCACCUCUUCUUGCUUCAGAGAACAGUAGGGCUCAUAUUAAAGAUCGCAUAGAGACUGUAUUAUAUGCAGAAUUUGGAGUUGUCUGCUUAAUUUUUUCUGCAACACUAGCGUAUUUCCCACCCCGACCACCACUCCCACCCAGUGUCGCUGCAGCCAGCCAGCGGCUGAGUUAUCGGCGCAGCUUCUGUAGAUUGUUAAGCAAUUUGAGAUUUUUGAUGAUUGCCUUAGCUUAUGCGAUACCAUUUGGAGUAUUUGCUGGCUGGUCUGGAGUUCUGGACUUAAUUCUAACACCAGUGCAUGUCAGCCAAGUAGAUGCUGGCUGGAUUGGAUUUUGGUCCAUAGUUGGAGGCUGUGUUGUUGGAAUAGCUAUGGCAAGGUUUGCAGACUUUAUCCGUGGCAUGCUGAAGCUGAUUCUUCUCCUCCUGUUUUCUGGGGCUACACUGUCUUCCACGUGGUUCACUCUGACGUGUCUGAACAGCAUCACACACCUGCCUUUAACCACAGUGACACUGUACGCCUCCUGUAUUCUCUUGGGAGUGUUCCUGAAUAGCAGUACACCUAUAUUUUUUGAGCUUUUUGUGGAAACUGUCUACCCAGUUCCAGAAGGAAUUACUUGUGGAGUUGUCACUUUUUUAAGUAAUAUGUUCAUGGGAGUUCUUUUAUUUUUUCUCACAUUUUAUCACACAGAGCUGUCUUGGUUCAACUGGUGCCUUCCCGGGUCAUGCUUGCUCAGUCUGCUCCUCAUCCUGUGCUUCAGGGAAUCCUACGACCGACUCUAUCUCGAUGUGGUUGUCUCAGUCUGAUGGCACAGACUUGCAGGAAUCUACUAGGAGACUGGAAAUGAAUACUGCACGCUGCACACUUGCUUGGAAUUGCACACCUAGUGGGGAAAGAAAAAACAGAGAUGAACGGAACUUCUCUCAGAGAUUUUGUUAGGUGAUUUAUUAUUGCAUUAAUUUAAUUACUAUUGGGUAAGGAUUUGCAGGACCUGAGUGGGUCCAGGGGACUUUUUUUUAAACUCUGCAGGUGGCACACCUGUGCCUGACUGAGAGGGCAGGAAUGUGACAACAUCUUGCACAUGCAGCACUUCCCAGGUCACGUCCUCUGUGUUUUGUGCCAGUGCUAAACUACUGAUGCAUUCUAGUUAUGCAAAGAAAUAAAAGGGGCAUCUGUCACACAAAGAGAACUCCUUCCACAAGCCAAGUCACAAUAGGAGGAAAUGCCACUAACUUCUAAAGAAGUUUCAACCGUGUACCAGAUUUUAAUCCUGAAAUAUCCCAGCAGUAUACCGGUGAUAGAAAUUAGCCAUGUGUACACUACAUUUGUUUUCUAAUAAAGCUGUUUCUUAUACAACUCUG